UCGAUCAGAGCUUCUGCAUGGACAUCGGUGGAAAUCUGGCCAAAGUUGAAGACAUUGCAGAAGUAACUUUCCUCAACUCUCACCUGAAAGAGGCCACAAAAGAAGUGAAGAGAGUUUGGAUCGGAGGCCACGACAAGUUCCUUGAGGGACAGUGGAUGUGGACGGAUGGUUCCGCAGGUCCUGCGAUGGGGGGGAAGCUGUGGAGUCCAGGUCAGCCCAGCGACAGCAGCGGAGCAGAACGCUGCAUGGAGAUGAACUACUUAGGUAAACAGGGAUAUUAUGGGAUGUCAUGUCUAUGAGAGUUGUCACCAUUCCCCAAAUCCUCCAUUCCAGACUAGUGUAGUCCAAGAUCAGUGGACAGGAUUAACCAGGACAGAAAGCAAGGACAUUUUUAAAAAGUGAAAAAAUGAUUGACAUGAGACUUUGAGAUUUUGGAUAUGGUCGUGUGAUCUGCGAUCUGUUUCUCAGAGUUCAGGCUGUUUUAUUUUAUUUAUUUUAAAUGUUUGACAUGUGGUCCUAAUCCUCUUCCGUAAAUACAACAAAAACAAGUGUCUUGUUAUCUUUUUAACUGUAGGGGGCAUAAACGAUGACAAGUGCCAUGAAAGGAAACCCUUCAUUUGCUCCCGGCCUACAAGACCUUUUUAACGUCCUCAGAGAAGUCACGUCCUCUGGUGUCAACGUCUCCAGGAUCUUUUCAACAAUUGUGAAGACUAUUUGGCAGCCAGCUUCUGUGUGGGUGUAUGGAAUGGUGCAUUAUUUGGCAGUUUCUGUGUGGGUGUCUGAAAUGGCUCAUUAUUUGGCAGUCUGUCUGAUCAGUAUGUGAAUAUUAUAUCUAUAUUGUGACAUGAUUAAGUUUAACUACUAGUAAUUACCAGUUUGUCAGAUUGUUUCAGCUUCUUAAAUGUGAAUAUUUCCUGGUUUAUUUUGCUCCAAUGAACAAAGAAAUCAUUAAAACAAUCAUUUAUGCACCAAACAAACACUUGAUUCAUCGAGAAAGCAAUCGACUUAAAAUAUUGUAAAGCACUUCAUGUGAAAUAAAUAAUAUUAUUUACUACUUCAAAAUCUAUUGAAUCCUGGGAGUGAAUUCAACCAAAUGCCGUGAAUAGGGCUCUGGUCACCAGAGCGAGGUUCUGUGCAUGGAGAUGUAAACGUGACGAGUGUCAGCCUCUGGAUGUUGUUUGAGCUGAAACAUCGCAGGUUGAACUUCACGUGUCCACAGACUUCACAGGAAAAACACACAAGCAAACAGACGGCAGCAGGACACAACAUACAACAUCCUGGAGGAGACACGAUAUACACAAACUAAACAUUGGACUGAAAACAGAGUUCCAACAUUACAUUAAACACAAGAUUCAACAUUAUGACUUAAAAAACAUGUAUAAAGCUUUUAAUUCACACAAAUUAAUCUGAAAUUUCAAUUUUGAUGAAGC